GGCAACACUGUUCUGUUUUUUGACAUUUUAAUUUCGUAUAUCUUUUUUUUGCCGAGAAGUCACAUCGACUUAGUGUGCAUUGUAGGUUUUUUUAAUUUUAAUAUUGGAGUAAAACAAGAUUAGUUUUUACCGACAAUGUAUCAAAUCGAAUACGAAGAUCAGGACUAUGCAUAUGACUACGAUAGUCAUACUGGCGAUCCGCAGCUGGAUGCUGAAUACAAUUUGUACAACAGCCAUCACAGCAAGCGUGCCAUACCCGAUGAAGUGGAAAAGUUUAUCAAGCACUUCUGCAUCGCUAUACAGAAUGGCAAUGUUUUUGAAAUCCAGAACAUGUACGAGAAUUUGUUUCCCAGCUUGAGCGAAAAGUAUUUCGAAAAGAAUGAUUGGCCGUCCGACAAGGAUAUCAAAUUCAUCAACGACAAAAACUUUUUGAUUUUGUACAAGGAGCUGUACUUCCGCCAUAUUCAUGCUCGAUCAAAGAAUCCGUCGCUGCAGAUGCGCUCCAAUUCGUUCCUCAACUACUGCGAUCUGUUCAAUUUGAUUUUGUUGUCGGAGACACCGGUUCAAUUGGAACUACCCGACAUUUGGUUGUGGGAAUUGGUCGAUGAGUUUGUUUAUCAGUUCCAAAAUUUCGCCUACUAUCGUGCACGUUUGACCGACAAAUCCGAAUCGGACAAACAGGAUUUGAACACGAACGCUGCCAAGCACUGGAACAUUUUGUGCAUCCUGAAUGUGCUGCACUCGCUGAUCGAUACGUCGAACAUUAAGAUUCAAUUAGAGGUGGCCGAAUCUGGCGGUGAUCCGGAAUCGGUGGCUGGGGAUUUUGGACGUCAUUCGUUCUACAAAAUGUUGGGCUAUUUCAGCUUGAUUGGAUUGUUGCGAUUGCAUUCGAUUCUUGGAGAUUAUUAUCAAGCGAUUAAGGUCCUGGAACCGAUCGAGAUCCACAAGAAAAGUCAGUUUACGCAUAUUCCGGCUUGUCAGAUCUCGACGUCCUAUUAUGUAGGUUUUGCCUACAUGAUGAUGAGACGUUAUUCGGAUGCUAUUCGAACAUUUUCGUCGAUUUUGUUGUACAUUCAACGUACGAAGCAGCUUUACAGCUCUCGUUCGUAUCAAAACGAUCAAAUCAACAAGCAAACCGACCAGAUGUACCAUUUGUUGGCAAUUUGUUUGGUUUUGCAUCCACAAUGCAUCGAUGAAUCCUUACAACAAGUUUUAAGAGAGAAGAACUACCAUGAAAACAUGUACAAGAUGCAAUGUCGCGACAUGGAUGUGUUCCGCAAUUUCUUCAUUUUUGGAGCACCAAAGUUCGUUUCACCAUGUCCACCACCGUUGAACGGUGAAAUUGCCGAUUUCCACAAAGAGCCCAUUGAUCACCAAACUGAGGUUUUCCUUGAAGAAGUCCGUCAACAAAUCGAAUUACCAACAAUUCGAUCCUACUUGAAGCUGUACACAACACUGCCAUUGGAAAAGCUGGCUGCUUUCAUGAAACCUAACAUGAGUGAAGACGAUGAUCGAUUUGUGUCGAACCUUCUGAUUAAUUUGCUGUGCUUCAAGCAUAAAAUGAAAAAUAUUGUUUGGACCAAGGGACCCAGCGGCUUGGCUGGCAAAUUUCAAUCCGGCUCCGAACUUGAUUUUUACAUUGACAAUGAGAUGAUUCACAUUGCCGAUACGAAAGUUUCACACCGUUAUGGCGACUUCUUUGUGCGAAAAAUUCUGAAAUUUGAGGAAUUGAAUCGUAGGUUGCAUCAACUGCAACAACCUAAAAUUUAGACGGUUUUAUGUCGGUGGGUUCGAUAGAAGACAUUGUAAUUUUUACUUGAAUAAAACAUCCUUUCAAUAUUGA